GGAAGCGGUGCGGGGGGAGGGCGGCUCUGCCUGGCAGGAGCGGGACGCGGCGGUAGCAGUGGGACCCGCAGCCGGGGCCGGGGCAGCCCGCGGUCUUGCCCGCUCCUCCCCUGCCGUGUCUUCGUGCUCGGCCGGUUGGGAGCCGGGGCGCGCGGGCGGGCGGGAAGAUGCCGCUGGCGCAGCUGGCGGACCCCUGGCAGAAGAUGGCUGUGGAGAGCGCGGCCGAGAGCGGAGCCGAGAAUGGACAGCAAAUUGUUGAUGAACCCAUGGGAGAAGAAGAUAUCAAUCUUCAAACUGAAGAAGGCACUAUCAAAGAAAUAGCAAUAACCCAUCAUGUAAAGGAAGGACAUGAGAAAGCAGACCCUUCACAGUUUGAACUUCUUAAAGUACUAGGACAAGGAUCUUUUGGAAAGGUAUUUCUUGUCAAAAAAAUCUCAGGGUCGGAUGCUAGACAACUUUAUGCAAUGAAGGUUUUAAGAAAGGCCACGCUGAAAGUUCGAGAUCGGGUUCGGACUAAAAUGGAACGUGACAUCUUAGUGGAAGUUAAUCAUCCUUUCAUUGUCAAGUUACAUUAUGCUUUUCAAACAGAAGGGAAGCUGUAUCUUAUUCUGGAUUUUCUCAGGGGAGGAGACUUGUUUACACGCUUAUCCAAAGAGGUGAUGUUCACAGAAGAAGAUGUUAAAUUCUACUUGGCUGAAUUAGCACUUGCAUUAGAUCAUCUACAUAGUCUUGGAAUAAUAUACAGGGACCUAAAACCAGAAAACAUACUGCUUGAUGAAGAAGGACACAUCAAAUUGACAGAUUUUGGCUUAAGCAAAGAGUCCAUUGAUCAUGAAAAGAAAGCCUACUCCUUCUGUGGGACAGUAGAAUAUAUGGCCCCAGAAGUAGUUAAUCGACGAGGCCAUACACAGAGUGCCGACUGGUGGUCUUUUGGUGUUUUAAUGUUUGAAAUGCUCACUGGUACUCUACCUUUCCAAGGGAAAGACAGAAAAGAAACCAUGACUAUGAUUCUCAAAGCCAAACUUGGAAUGCCCCAGUUUUUAAGCCCUGAGGCUCAGAGUCUUCUCCGAAUGCUCUUCAAGAGAAACCCUGCAAACAGAUUAGGGGCAGGUCCAGAUGGAGUCGAAGAAAUUAAGAGACAUUCAUUUUUCUCUACAAUAGACUGGAAUAAAUUGUACAGGAGAGAAAUUCAUCCACCUUUUAAACCUGCAACUGGUAGACCAGAGGAUACAUUUUAUUUUGAUCCUGAAUUCACAGCAAAAACACCAAAAGAUUCACCUGGUAUUCCACCUAGUGCUAAUGCACAUCAGCUUUUUCGGGGUUUCAGUUUUGUAGCUAUUGCAUCAGAUGAUGAAAGCCAGGGAAUGCAGACCGUGGGAGUGCAUUCAAUUGUUCAGCAGUUGCACAGGAACAGCAUUCAGUUUACUGAUGGAUAUGAAGUAAAAGAAGACAUUGGGGUUGGCUCCUAUUCUGUCUGCAAGAGAUGUAUACAUAAAGCUACAAACAUGGAAUACGCAGUUAAGAUUAUUGACAAGAGUAAAAGAGAUCCAACAGAAGAAAUUGAAAUCCUACUCCGCUAUGGACAGCAUCCAAAUAUUAUUACUCUAAAAGAUGUAUACGAUGAUGGAAAAUAUGUAUAUCUGGUAACAGAACUCAUGAAAGGAGGAGAACUGCUGGACAAAAUUCUUAGACAGAAAUUUUUUUCAGAGCGGGAAGCCAGUGCUGUCCUCCUCACAAUAACAAAAACUGUUGAAUACCUCCAUGCACAAGGGGUUGUUCACAGAGACCUGAAACCUAGCAACAUUCUUUAUGUUGAUGAAUCUGGUAAUCCAGAAUCAAUUCGAAUUUGUGAUUUUGGUUUUGCAAAACAACUACGAGCAGAAAAUGGUCUUUUGAUGACUCCAUGUUACACAGCCAAUUUUGUGGCUCCAGAGGUUUUAAAAAGACAAGGGUAUGAUGCUGCCUGUGAUAUAUGGAGUCUCGGUGUUCUGCUUUAUACUAUGCUCACUGGUUACACUCCUUUUGCAAAUGGUCCUGAUGAUACCCCAGAAGAGAUUUUGGCACGAAUAGGUAGUGGGAAGUUCUCUCUCAGUGGGGGCUACUGGAAUUCAGUAUCAGAUACAGCUAAGGACUUGGUUUCAAAGAUGCUCCAUGUUGAUCCACAUCAAAGAUUGACUGCUGCUCAGGUUCUUAGACACCCUUGGAUAGUUCACUGUGACCAGUUGCCUCAGUACCAACUAAACAGACAGGAUGCCCCACAUUUGGUGAAGGGAGCAAUGGCAGCCACGUAUUCUGCUUUGAACCGCAAUCAGUCACCAGUUCUGGAGCCAGUAGGCCGUUCUACUCUCGCUCAGCGAAGAGGUAUAAAAAAAAUUACCUCAACAGCCCUGUGAAAUGACCUCAACCAGAUACUUGGUACCAUGGUAUAAGAUGAUAGCACAAAUCAUGGAGACAGGUAGCACAUAUCUGACAGAUACCUGCAAGCACACUGUCCCAGCUGGUACCUAUAAUGCUGCUGCUACUGCUUUCAUCUAUUCUCGCUUUAAACUUUUGAUGGCAAGUUACUGACCUUAGUGGAGCUUUGGAUGGAGUGAAAAGUGGAAACAUGAUGAAAAUGGGACUUGUUCACUGAUUGAAUAAACAAGAAUUAUGAAUGCCACCUCUGUCAUAAAAAUACACUGAAUAAAGCACUCUGCACCGUAUAGCAUUAUUUUUAUAAGAAAUAUUUCUUGUUCCCUAAAAUAUUCUUUGUUACACAUAGAAAUGGACAGUUUAUGUUAAGCACUUAGCUUAAACAAUCUGUUUAUAUAGCACUGUAUACUUUGUGCCAUCCAACAUUUUGUAUGUUUUUUGUAAACAGUUCAUAAGCAGUACAUUUCUGUACUGUUUUCUUUAAUGUAUACAUGCCUUGUUUUACUUAGAUUUUAUUAUUCAUUUUGACAAUUAAAUCUGGUUAAACCAUUCACCUGGAUUAAUCAGUAUUGUUGGACAGCUCUAAAAGAAGCCUGACUGUUAAAACAGCUAUUGAAUGUAAUACUACAAAUACGUAUUUUUUUCCUUGCCUAUAUGUCUUUUCUACAUGUCCAUGUUUCUGAAGUCGCAUUACGAGAAACAAAGCUAUUGUUAAAUUUAACUGUCGCAUACAUGUGAUGGGCAAUGCACCAUGGAAAAAAAGUAACUUGCUGCACACCCCUUUGCCUUUUCUGUCCCUGUUUUUCCCACCUGUUGACUGGAUUCACUCAGGAAUCAUCGUUAAAUACUUUUCCAUGCAAAAUAGUUGUAGUCGGGGGCACACAAGGCAGCAUUCCAUUCUUGUAACUGGCCGGUAAUGUCUAAUGCUGAAUGUUUUGGGUUUGGUUAAGUUGCCAAUGACUGAACAAUAUGUAGGGCAUCAGAGAUGAAAGAUAAUAAUGAAGCUUGAAGUAAAGCACAGCAGCUUACAGAAAUCAAGUUUAAAUUCCAUCUCAUCUGUUCAUUGAUAACUCCUAGUUCAGCUUGAAGCAGAAUCAGCAAGAAUCAUUCAAAUCAUCUAGUGGGAUUUUUUUGGACCUUUCACUGGCAGUCCAUGUGCCCUUAAAAUAGUAUUGCUCAAUUCUGGUAGAAUGAAACUAGCCUGACUGAGAAGCCAAGACAGAAUCCCUACUGUUCCCCAGAGGAAGCCAGACUCUUAGCUUGACGUUGGGAGACACAAAUUAUUGGCCUUAUGAGUGUAGCUUCUAUGAUUCAAGGUACAUAGCUGAGCUGCAAGCAGCAUUUGCCCCAAUAGAAGGAUAAUUUAACUCAGGCUAGAAUUUGCUACUAUCCCAUUCCCUCUCCUGCUCCCUCCGUGGAGGGAAUAACUGACUUCCCUGUGUGAGAUGCCCAUUAUGACAAAGUUACUAAAUGUGGAUCUUGGUUCACACUUUCUAUGAAAAUUACAGUUCAGAAAGCAAGAAAUGAGCAAGUGCAUAGUUCCAGAUUAACUAACUUGUGUUAGCUGUUAAUAUGCUAGUUUGUCUAAAGUUAAAAUUUUUUCUGUGAGACUUAAGAGGAUGAAGCUGUCUGUAUUUUAUGAAACGUGGAUUCCUUUGAAUGAUUUUUGUUAGAAAAGUGAUGCUAUAAAAAAGACUGCCUAUGGAAGUUGAGAAAUCUUCAUUGUUGGAGGCAGUGGUGCCCAGCCUUUUGGUCCUGUAGGUCAGAUAAGUGGCAUGGGCAAGAUUGGGUCUGUGUUAUCUCUGCCCAGUCUGACAUGCCUGUAGUAGGACCCCCCACAACCUCAUCUGGCCUUUUUAUGCCUAGAUUGGGCCCCACACAAGCCCUGCCUAGACCUGUAUUCCAGGAUGUGGCACCUUGCGCACCUGAUCUAGCAUGCAGGGUCAUACUGUCUGGCCUGUGGAGCUCCCCAUUUGUUGGGAAAUUUGGCAGCAGGAGAAUAGCAAUUAACAAUGCAAUUAACAGGAGAACAGCAAUUAACAAUCCCCUAUCACUGAAUUUUUGGACCCAUGGGGAGCUCUACAAGCCAGAUGACAUGGCACUGUGGGCUGGAUCUUGCCUGCAGGCCAGAAUUGAGCACCCCUAACUGGAGGUUCACAGAUUGGAAGGGGCUGGAAGGGACCUCGGAAAAUCAUCAGGUCCAUCCCUCUGCACCAAACGGGAAAGAUAAUGGGGGUUUGGGUGACCCCAGCAAAGGUGACUGGCCAGUCUCCUCUUUAUGAUUUCCAGGGUAGGUGAUUGUACCACCUCUGGGAGGAGCUUAUUCCACAGGCUAGACACCCUGACUGUGAAGAAGUUUUUUCCUAAGGUUGAGCCUGAAUUGGUCUUCCAGGAGUUUGUGGCCAUUACUCCUAGUUUUUCCAUCAGGUGCCCUGGUGAGCAGUUGCUCACUGAGCCCUUGAUGUACUCCCCUAGUGUAGCAGUAAGCUGCUACCAGAUCCCCUCAGCCUUCUUUUCUUCAGGCUGAAGAGCCCUAGAUCCCUCGGCCUUUCCUCGUAUGGCUUGCCAUGCAAGACUGAUCAUACCAGUAUCUCUUCUUUGGACUCUGUCAAGCUUGUCCAUGUCCUUGUUGAAAUGUGGUGUCCAGAACUGGAUGUAGUACUCCAGCUCUGGUCUCACCAGUGCUGAGUAGAGUGGAAGAAUCACCUCCUUGGCUUUGCUGGAGAUGCAUCAAUUGAUGCAUGCCAGAGGAUUGUGUGUGCCCUACUGGCUACAGCAGGUGUUCAAGAUGAUGAUAGAUAAACAUUGGUCAGGGAUGAUCUAAGAGUAGCUAUGCCAAUGCUAUGGUUCUGGGUAUUUCUGCAUGCUUCUGGGCUUUGCUGGUUGCCACAUGGAGCAGGAAAAGAUUUUUUUUCCUUUCCCUUUGCUACGUGUUUGGGCAGGUGGGGGAGGGGUCACCUUUCUCAGAAGCAUUGGGUGCUUGCAGCUGAAGUUUGGGAUUGGGGAGUGCCAGUGCUAAUGCUGGAACUAAAAUCCUACCUAGAGGGUCUUGUCCCUGUCUCAGGGUCAGACUGGUCACCACAUCUGGGGUCAGGAAGGAAUCUUAUGCUAUCGUCAGAUUGAUAAAGACUUUGGGGGGUGGGUUGUCUUCCUCUGAAGCAAGUGAUGUAGCCCUGUUCCUUGGGUCUUGAGUGUAUUUUCACAACCCAUACAGUAGCAGGAUGUUGGCCUCCAUGGUCCCCCUGUUUUAUCAGUGUCAGGAUAGGGCACUUUUCUUCAUGGACUGUGGGGCAGGGCUGCCUGUGUAGUAUUAGACAAGGAUUUGGCUGAGAUAGUUGGAUAAGGAGUUUCUUGCCUCAGGCAGGAGGUUGAACAAGAUGACCUGUAGAGAAGUCCCUUCCAGCCUUAUUUUUCUAUGAUUCUGUUAAUGUUCCUUUUGAACAUAGGACCUUCGUUUGGCAUGAAGCUUUCACCUAUUUCUUGGCAAGCAAAAAACAGGUUUUUGCAAGCUGCUUAGAAUAUUAGUUAAAUGAUUGGCCACUUAGGCAAUUGUGGGGCGGUGUUGGAAAUAACAGCUUGUCUGUUACAGCACAACAGACCGAAAGAGGAAAGACAGCCUACCUGGUUGUGGUAAAAUUUUGGGAGACAAAAAAAAGGAACAGAAAUAAAGGAUUUGAAAAGGGAAAGAACUUUAAUUAGUUAGUUCUGGAAAUUAACAGUAAUACUAAUCACAGAGGCCAAGUUGGUAAUUAAGCCAUCAAAUAGUCUUCUAAUCAGAAAAUAGGAGGGGCAAGGAAAUAAUGGUGACAGCACUCAUUGUGGGGGUGGGGGGGUGGGGAAGAUGAUGAUCUUUACUUAGCUGCUGUUUGAGGGAAUGGUAAUUUAUGUUACCUGACCCUAAUAGUCAAGGUUCAGAUAGGAUGCUUGUGUAACCCUGCAAAAUCAGUCUAUCUUGUUAUUUUCUUUGAAAUCUGAGGUGUUCUAAUCCUUAAUAACUUGCCAUAGUGCUGAGCUCUUUACAGGUGGGAAGGAUACUAAAGAAUUAAGAUCUCAAACUUUUAUCCUGGCUGUAGUGAGAGUACUUCUCUAUAAAAGGAGUUGCAUAUUUUUUAUUUGUAGGAAGUAAAUCUCAAGUAAGGGGUUCAUAUUGCAGAUUUCAAAAAGCUAAAUAGGUUUCUUGGAUGUUUCACUACUUAUCCUAAAAGGAACUAGGAUUUUUUAAUUAUUUUAAGAGGGUUUUUUGUUUGUUUGUUUUUACUUCCAGUGCCCUAAUAAUGAGUACUGUCUGUCUCUUACUGUGGUGAUAGUCAUCUACUAACAUCAUUAAUACAAGGUGAAAAAAAUCCAUUCUCUUUUUGAUGCUGACUGGUACCAGUGCGGCUUACUUGGAUACUUGCUAGUCCAGUUUCUUAUCUUUCAGGUCUAUCAUUAAAUACAAAUGAGUCUCAAAAAUUGAUAACCCUUGCCUUUUAGUACCUGCUUUUAAUUUUGAUGGUUAAGGUCAGUCUUUCAUUAUAUUUGGCCGUGUGGUAGAUAAUUCUAGAAAUACUGUUCUAAGAAUCCUAUUUAAAAAAAAAAAGGCCAGGGCUUCAGGUCCUAAGAUUUUCAGCAGCUGAGAUCAGACAGAAAUUCCCUUUAUAUUCAUAGCCAGCAGGUGUAAAUUGCAGUAGCAUAUCAUCCUCUGCAACAUACGUAGGACAGAGUAUUAGACUAAUAAGCGCCUUAAGUCAUUCAUAAGUGGUGAUUUUGGUCUUUAAGGUGUGCCUCUAUUCCUUCAUAUCUUCACCUGUAAACCAGAGGAACAUACAGCUGCAAAGUACCACUUGAGUCAUAGAUUCUAGUACACUGCAAUCAUAGGCAGCCAUUGAAUAGAUAUUAAUUCUGGGGGCUACAGGGAACGUUCUUGUACGUGUAUGUGCUCUAUCUUUUACCCUUAAAAAAAGAUUUCCUCAGUCCAAAAAAACAAACAAACAACUCGAAAUCCUCACUUAUUUGCCACAGAAAGAGCUUAAUAACUCGGGUCAGACCAAUAGUCCAUCUGGCCCAGAAUCCUGUCUCAGACAGUGUUAGAAGUGGAUGGCAGAGGGAGAGCAUUGAACUGGAUCGAUCUAGUGUAAUUACCCACCCUGUCAUCCACCAUUAUUGGUGCAGAGAUGCCAGAAGAAAGACUUCCUCCCAUUCUGUGCAAUGGCUAUUAACAGAUUUAUCAAAACUGGUUCCAAACAUACUGGCACCUGCCUUUCCUUUGGACUAAACCAGCAAGGCCAAGAGGGGGACACUAGUAUGGGGGCAGCUCAGUGUCUUUGUAUACACUGUUCAGGCUUUUACACUCUGGAGAGGUCACUCCAGCUUCACUUUAUUGUAAACUGAGAAUGAUGUUCAGUGAGCUGCUCUCUCACUGCAUAAUUCUAUUGUCUUAUGAGACAGACAUGCCUACUACUACUUCAUCCAUGAGUUUAUCCAAUCCUUUUUUGAACCAGGCUGUGCUAUCUGCCUCUACCACCUCCUGUGGAAAGGAAUUCCACAAGCUUUACCUAGCCAUUGCAUAGAAGGAAAUUAAAAAGGUAAGGAAGAGCUUUGCCCAUGCUCUGGUACUCCUCCAGUAGCAGCAAAAUUGUUUUUAAAAAAACAACUCCCCACAUGUUCAUGAAUAGUCAUACAAGGAACAAACAUUUUCCUCCUCUUCACUGUGAACGGUCAGAAAUUUUUCUAGUCCAUCAAUUUCAUUGGGUUUGCCUUUUUUAUAAAAGGAUUUGCUUCUUUCUCCCUUGUCAGUAUCUCUGAGCUGAGGGUAUUGGGAAGGAAUGAGAUCAGAAUAUUUUGUAUAUACCAAUGCAGUUCCUGCAAUCUGCUGUGUGUUUACACAAGCAGGCACACAUGUAAGUGGUCUGUCACUUAGGCCAGUGGGAGCCAACCUUAUUGGCCACGAACUAGGCCAUUAUCUCAAGUCCUACUUGCAUCCCCUGGUCAGUCUACUGCUCUGCUUUCUGCCCUACCUGUCCCCUCCCCCAUCUGCUAUGUCUCACAUACAAAAGGAUACCUGUGGCACACAUGCCAAAAGUUAUCUACUCCUAAUUUAGGUUUGACAUGUUUAAAGAUGUGCUGUUAAGUUGUAUAAUUCUGUCCAAAUAACAUGAACUUCAAGACAAAGCAAUUUUAUUUUAACACAUACUCAGGCAUGCUGAAUUUUUGGUCAAAUGUGCUGGUCUCAUUCACAGAUCCACAUCUAGUGCUUCCCAUAAUUUUGGUAUAGUUUCUUAAGUGCAGUCAUUGGGAACUAAGUUUUAAAAAAAAUAAACUGCUGCUUUGAAGCUCAGCUCCUUUAAAUAGAAAAUAUGCACCACAGAAUAAAUUUUCACUACUCUGCUGCUUCUUGGUCAGUUGAACACAGCAAGCAACUGGAAUAGAGGCUCAUGGAAAAAGGGAACAAAUGCAAAACUGCAAAUAAGAGUUAAUAGUUUGUUUGUCAGAGUAUAGUUACAAGUUACUGUGCUGAAAACACAAACAGGAAGGGGGAUUAGCUGCAAUACUCCCUGUUAGUUUGGACUAUAGUAAGGAUGAAGAUCUCAAUUCAUAAUCACUAUAGUACUGAACAAAACUUAUUCUGAAUUUUUCACUUGAAGUAUUUAAAACUUUUUUCUUUUAAAUAUGAGGCAAGGACAUAAAGAUAAAAAAAGGUCUUUGUGUUGUUUUUGUAAAUGUAGUAUGCCAACUAAAGCUCUGUUUUCUGGUAUUGGACAGAAAGGUUUCAAAGUAUGUCAUGGUAAGCAGCAAUGGUUAAUGGAAGUAUCUUCACUCAAGAAAAUGAUGUAAAUGAUUAGCUUUAUCUUGAUACUCUUGACCUAAUCAAAGGGAAGGUGUAUUCAUGAGGGAUGUAAUUAUUUUGCAAUCUAGAAGGGGUUGGGGGAAAUCUACUUAAAACAAUUUUUAAAAAAUUACAAAAAAAAUCAUAGAUAAAAUAUUUUUCUACAGUUCUGUACAAUCAUUCUUUAUACUGUACAAGUUUUCUCAGCAUGGCAUGUAAGCAAGUCUAAGGUACUGUACCAGGAAAUCAAUGGACUUGUACCUUUUGACAGACAGAAUUAAAAUAGCAUCUGUUAGAUGCUAGGCACUGCUGUCAUGCAACUGAAAUGCUAAUAAAAAGGUUAAAUAGUACUGAAUAUCUUAAAAUGAUUGUGUUAUUCUGAAUCUGAGCUAGGAAAUUUCCCAAUCAUGCUAUUAAUGUAUAAUCUAAACUGUUUCUGAUGUAACUAUGAACAGUCCUGGAAAGAUAUCAUUGCUUGUAUCCCUGUCAAAUGGCAGGUUUUGUAGUCUUCAACAGAAAUUGAAAUUUAUACAAUGAAUAAACUUUCAAACAUA